GGGACUGGCCGCGCGACGGGCGCCAGGCCCGGGGCUGUAGGCACGGUGCCCAGCCCCCGGCGCACGCCGAGCCGCCGCCGCCGCUGCUGCAGUCGGCAUCCAUCAGCGGGCGGGGGUGUCGCGGACCAGGCUGCUCCGCAGAGCCCAACGCGGCCCGGCGCGCCCGCCCCGCCCCGCGGCCUGCCGGCCCGCAGGAGCCGAGGGGGCGCCCCCCGCCCAGCCUGCCCGAGAUGGGGACCCCCAGGCCCAGGCGUGCUGGUCACCAUGACAACAGAGACAGGCCCAGAUUCUGAGGUGAAGAAGGCUCAGGAGGAGGCCCCGCAGCAGCCUGAGGCAGCCGCCGCAGCUACCACCCCUGUGACCCCCGCAGGCCACGGCCAUCCCGAGGCCAACUCCAAUGAGAAGCAUCCGGCCCAUCAGGACGCUCGGCCUGCUGAACAGAGCCUAGACAUGGAGGAGAAGGACUACGGGGAGGCCGAUGGCCUGUCAGAGAGGACCACGCCCAGCAAGGCCCAGAAAUCGCCCCAGAAGAUUGCCAAGAAAUACAAGAGUGCCGUCUGCCGAGUCACUCUGCUCGAUGCCUCUGAGUAUGAGUGUGAGGUGGAGAAACACGGCCGGGGCCAGGUGCUGUUUGACCUGGUCUGUGAGCACCUCAACCUCCUGGAGAAGGACUACUUUGGCCUGACCUUCUGUGAUGCCGACAGCCAGAAGAACUGGCUGGACCCCUCCAAGGAAAUCAAGAAGCAGAUCCGGAGCAGCCCCUGGAAUUUUGCCUUCACAGUCAAGUUCUACCCCCCUGACCCUGCCCAGCUGACAGAAGACAUCACAAGAUACUACCUGUGCCUGCAGCUGCGGGCGGACAUCAUCACGGGCCGCCUGCCCUGCUCCUUCGUCACGCAUGCCCUGCUGGGCUCCUAUGCCGUGCAGGCUGAGCUGGGCGACUAUGAUGCCGAGGAACAUGUGGGCAACUAUGUCAGUGAGCUCCGCUUCGCCCCUAACCAGACCCGGGAGCUGGAAGAAAGGAUCAUGGAGCUGCACAAGACGUACAGGGGCAUGACCCCAGGAGAAGCAGAAAUCCACUUCCUAGAGAACGCCAAGAAGCUUUCUAUGUACGGAGUAGACCUGCACCAUGCCAAGGACUCUGAGGGCAUCGACAUCAUGUUAGGAGUCUGUGCCAAUGGCCUGCUCAUCUACCGGGACCGGCUGAGGAUCAACCGCUUCGCCUGGCCCAAGAUUCUCAAGAUCUCCUACAAGAGGAGUAACUUCUACAUCAAGAUCCGGCCUGGGGAGUAUGAGCAGUUUGAGAGCACGAUUGGCUUUAAGCUCCCAAAUCACCGGUCGGCCAAGAGACUGUGGAAGGUCUGCAUUGAGCAUCAUACAUUCUUCCGGCUGGUGUCCCCUGAGCCCCCACCCAAGGGCUUCCUGGUGAUGGGCUCCAAAUUUCGGUAUAGUGGGAGGACCCAGGCACAGACCCGCCAGGCCAGCGCCCUCAUCGACCGGCCCGCGCCCUUCUUUGAGCGUUCCUCCAGCAAACGGUAUACCAUGUCCCGCAGCCUUGACGGAGCAGAGUUCUCUCGCCCAGCCUCGGUCAGUGAGAACCACGACGCAGGACCUGACAGUGACAAGCGGGAGGAGGAUGGCGAGUCUGGGGGGCGGCGGUCAGAGGCUGAGGAGGGAGAGGUCAGGACCCCCACCAAGAUCAAGGAGUUAAAGCCGGAGCAGGAAACCACGCCGAGACACAAGCAGGAGUUCUUAGACAAGCCAGAGGAUGUCUUGCUGAAGCACCAGGCCAGCAUCAACGAGCUCAAGAGGACCUUGAAGGAACCCAACAGCAAACUGAUCCACCGGGAUCGAGACUGGGAGCGGGAACGCAGGCUGCCCUCCUCUCCCGCCUCCCCCUCCCCCAAGGGCACCCCUGAGAAGGUCAACGAGUCCCAGAGGACCCAGGACACCUCUCAGCAGGACUUGGCACCUGAGCCUGGGACGGCCACAGGCUUGGAAGUGUUCACUCAGAAAAGCCUCGCAGCGUCUCCUGAGGGUUCAGAGCAUUGGGUAUUUAUAGAAAGAGAGUACCUUAGGCCAGAAGAACUCAGUCUCCUAAAAGUGACCACCACACAGCAGGAAGAAAGGGAGGCAGGCCUCGCAGACACGCUUGCUGACGGCAGACUCUCCAAGGUAGACGUCCUGGUGGACAAGUUCACCUUUGAAAUGGCCACAGAAGAAAAGGUGGGAGCCAGAGGAGCAAACAUCCAGCGACAAGGAAGAAUGAUCGUGAGCCCUGAAGACUUCGAGUCAGUGUGGGGGGAAAGCCCCUGGGUCAGGGAAGGCCCAGGAGGGGCUUCUCUGGCUGCAGGCCGCACGCUGGCAGGAACGCUCCCAGAGGGCUCCUGGUUCAGGGUGGACCCUGGGGAGGCAACCAUCAGGAAGCAGCGGGCCUCCGGGGGUCAGCUGGAGGGCCCGGCGGAGCUGAGGCAGGAGCGGGAGGAGCUCCAGGCUCACGGAAGACCCGCCGCCCCGGCCACCGGCCCCGCAGAGGUGGACGUCCCCUCUCCAGCCUCCGACGCGGGAGGACUCCGGUCGUUUCUGCUGGACCCAGCCUACACAGAAGCCAGAGCCGACUCGAGCGAUGAAACCGACACUUCCUUUGCAGAGAGAAGCUUCUAUUUAAACUAUGGAGAGAAAGAGUCUGAAGACCAAGUCCUCCCUCCGGCCCUGGAGGAGAGAGAAGAGCACUUAGAUGCCCCACCUGGCUGCGAGACCGGGCGGAAGUUCUCGGAGGAGCUCACGGAGAGCUCAGAGCUGGACUCCUCCGGCCCAUGGGGCUCUGCUGCCGCUGUCGGCAGAAACAAGCACCAUGAGGGUGAAGCCCACUCAGCUUCCUCAGAGGGAGGGUCGGGGCCCCCCAGGAACCAAGGACCAGAUGACCUGGAGGUCUUUGUCAAGCAGCUCGGAAAGGGACCUUCUCCAGGGCUGAUGUUUGCUGAGGACUGGGACGAAGCCCGGUGGGAGAUGGAAGGAGAGUCUACCCACCCAGCAUCCUCAGUAGCUGCAGAGGAAGAGACCCCCCAGAGUGGAGAUUUGAUGGGAAAGGCUGAGAAAAGUCCCCCAGGAGAAUGGAACCACUCACCUCACAGAGGAGGGAGCGUGCGUCCAGACCGCCAGGCCUGUGCCCUUCCGUGGGCCAUCCCUCCUAGUGAUGUCAGGAAGCCAGCCAAGCCGGACAGAGGCAACUUCCUGACCAGAGAGAGGGGACCAGUUCACACCCAAACAGGAGAACCUGUGACAGAGGACAGCAAGGCCCCAGUGUUUCUUCAGAUGGAGGCGAUCACCCCCCUCCCAACCUCGCCCCGUCCCUUUGCGGCUCAGACAUCUCCAGAGGAAGCUUCUUCAAGCCCAGCCCCUUAUGGGUCGGGGGAGCCUGUGCAGCUCAGGGGCCGCUUUGGAGAACAGUCCCCUGUAUUUCUCAAACAUGCCCAUCCUCCUAAAGAGAGCCCGGAGCCCAAGGACCGAGUAGGGCUGGCUGUGACCCCAGACGGAGGUGAGCGCAGGGCCCCUCCCAUCGCCAGCAGGAAGCCCAGAGUUGUCCCUGAAGAAGCCCAGGGGUUGCUGUUCCCUUCAGGGAAGCAAAAGGAGAUGACCUCUUUCCAGGCUGGGGGUCAAGAGGGCUCCCUGGAAGAUAUUAGCAAGACCUCUGUGGCCAACAAGAUUCGUAUCUUUGAGACCCACGGAGCUGAAACUCGCUGGGCGAGUCAGGGUGAAACCAGGGCUUUUGCAAACGAGUUGUCUUCGGAGGCCUCCGUGGGGCAGGUCGAGCAACAGCGGAGUAGGCGUUUAGACCUGGGAUUUGCUCAGUUCCAGCCCCCAGGGGACUUUGCUGCCCCCAAAGCCACACAUUCCUCCAUGAUGCCGCCAGCUACCAGACACUUCCGGGAGGGCAUUUCUACCCCAUCCCCCCGGGAAGGAUGCAUGGACGUCGAGCUCGUGUCCCCCAGUCCAGGCUGUGAAACUACACUGGAGGAAGCUACUGGGGGAACUGGCCACAACAAACCCGGAGAUGCGGUCAGGCAAGAGAAGCACGUUACCAGCUUAGCAGCGAAUCCCCCAGGAAAGGGGGGGCACCUGAGAUUCACCAGCCCCUCAGGCCCUCAGAGAGCAGGGCUGAGGGAGGGCUCUGAGGAGAAAGUCAAACCGCCACGGCCCAGGGCCCCAGAGAGUGACACGGGAGACGAGGACCAGGACCAGGAGAGGGACGCGGUGUUCCUGAAGGACAACCACCUGGCCAUUGAGCGUAAGUGCUCCAGCAUCACGGUCAGCUCCACGUCCAGCCUGGAGGCCGAGGUCGACUUCACAGUCAUCGGCGACUACCACAGCAGCGCCUUCGAAGACUUCUCCCGCAGCCUGCCUGAGCUUGACCGAGACAAAAGUGACUCAGAAACCGAGGGCCUGGUGUUCUCCCGGGAUCUCAGCAAACGGGGCCCGAGCCAGGAUGACGAGUCUGGGGGCAUCGAGGACAGCCCGGACCGAGGGGCCUGCUCCACCCCGGAUAUGCCCCAGUUCGAGCCCGUGAAAACAGAAACCAUGACAGUCAGCAGCCUGGCUAUCAGGAAGAAGAUCGAGCCGGAGGCUGUACUGCAGACCAGAGUUGCCACUGUGGACACCACCCAGCAGGUUGACGGGACUGCCCCAGGGGGUAAGGAGUUCAUAACAACUACUCCCUCCAUCACCACGGAGACCAUAUCAACCACCAUGGAGAACAGUCUCAAGUCCGGGAAGGGGGCAGCUGCCAUGAUCCCAGGCCCACAGACGGUGGCCACGGAAAUCCGUUCUCUUUCUCCGAGUCCAGUGUCCUCACCUGAGCCCCGGGUGGGGGGUGGUUAUAUUCUGCAGAUCAUCGGGAAAGAUGUCCUCACCAGCACCUACGGCGCCACCGCGGAAACCCUCUCCACCUCCACCACCACCCAUGUUACCAAAACUGUGAAAGGAGGAUUUUCUGAGACGAGGAUCGAGAAGCGGAUCAUCAUCACCGGGGACGAAGAUGUCGAUCAAGACCAGGCCCUGGCUUUGGCCAUCAAGGAGGCCAAACUGCAGCAUCCUGACAUGCUGGUAACCAAAGCUGUCGUAUACAGAGAAACAGACCCAUCCCCAGAGGAGAGGGACAAGAAGCCGCAGGAAUCCUGACCUCUGUGAAGAGUUGCUGGCGUUUCUGGUCCAACCCAAGCCAGAGAACCGUAAAGAAGGGGCCUUCAUUCUGGAUUCUCCAACUGAACACCGACGUCCCAGCUGCGACGUACUGUCCCUGAUGAGAGACUGGGAAAGGAAAAGCAUAUAUAUAUAGAUAUAUAUAGAUAUAGAUAUAUAUACAGGAAACAUCACGUCCUUGCACUGCUGCCGGGGCUGGCCGAGCAUUCGGCCGACAGCAACGGCCAACAUCUGAACACCUACAUUUCCUGUGCAGACAAAUUGAAGAAUUGGUAGGAUUGUUCAGGAAAAAAAAAAUUAUAACAACAAUAAUCCCUUGCUCCGCCCCCCUCACCCCCUGCCGCGCCUGUCCCACCCCCCCUUGAAGCCCCGCGGAACCACCAAGGCAAGCCAGACCACGCUGAUUGUAGAAGUACAAUGCGACCCGGGUUCUGCACGUUCCAUUCAGUGGACGAGCAUUCCAUUUCUUUUUCUCCUGCGUCUGUUGCCCACUCAAAUGCAAAGGAAAACACUUUUGCAGCCAAGCAAGAGAAGCUGCAGCAGCAAGACACGCCCUGCCAAACGUUUUCCAAGAAAGAGAGAAAAUUCCCUGCUCGGAAAGGAGGAGGAGGAACACUAGAUUCUUAUUUUUUGGGUCUUGACACUGGGCUGCAAAAUCCACCUUCCUUUCUUCCGCCUCCCCUCCCCGUCGACUGUCACACAUCUUGUCAGUCAUUUUCUGUCUGGGUUCCCUCCUCCCUCUCCCCCACCCCACCCCCGCCUCACCUUCUGUGUCCUGGUCCUGCUGAGGGCCACUGCAGAUGACUCUCACUGGAAGCGAGAAAAAGCAAAGCAAAGCAAGAAUGUGAAACCAAGCCACAGGAGGUGAAGUAGACAUUGUAUGUUAUGGGUUCUCAUUAUGAAGGUGCAGCUCGUAGAUUUGUAUGGAUGUGCUUUUAAGUUAUGUAUAUUACAUAUAACAGGAAACAAAUAUUAAAAUAAACAGUGCUGGUAAGUAUGAAGCUGACAUUUUAAAAUUAUAAUUAUCUGACUGUGAUUGAUGUAUCCCAAGGUUCCUAGAUCUCACCGAACCGACCCUGCCAAGGAGACCCGGACUCUGGCUGUGGGUCGCUCACAGUAGGAGCUGGUUCAGUGUAGAAAUACAGUGUGUGGUGUUUGUAAUUGAUUGAUGGGUGGGGAGGGGCGGGGCCCCCAGGUGGAGAGGCAGGGAUUUUGGCAAGAAGGAAGCAACACGAGUGUGGUUCAAGAUGCCUUCUUCCCCCUGGGCAGUAGCGACCGGGGGCUGGUUUGUGCUCAGGCGUGGGGUCCAGAGUUAGGAUUCUGCUGCACAGGUCUCCCGGCUCAGUGCCCCCGCCUCCCUAGGAGGCUUGCCUCCUUUCUCAAUCUCUCUUUGUUUUGCCACGUCUUGCCUUUUCCUGACCGCAUUGUGACAGCUAACUCCCAUCCCGAGGGAGGUGACGUACCCAGCUGCCGCGGAAGACGGUGGCUUCCACCUGGCUGUCUGAACACCCCCAGCCCAGUCUUCUCCUGUACCACUCCUGUAUUCUGUCUGAAUCAUUCUCUGUUUCCUGGGCCAAAGCAGCCAUGGUAGAGACUGAACACAGGGCAGGCCCUGAUAGGUCAAAACCGCACUCCCAAAGGCUUCGCCUGCCCCAGAGUAAGCUGAGGAGGAUCUACGUAUAAGACCCCGGCUUUAGAGAACUCGCCUUCAGUCGGCGUCUGCGCUCUGAGCCUGUGCCCUCGGAGUCCCAAAAAUGGCCUUGAGACCACAGAAGCCCUUGGAGAAGACCCCCAUCAAAAGCUUGGCAUUGCCCUCUGGCACACGUGGGCUUUCCCAGGCUUUCCUGACACAAGCUGCUUCCCUGAGCUUAAAGAGGCCCCUUCUGAGGGAGUUUUUCCCCACUGCCCUUUAAUUUCUCAGUCCCAUUUCAUUUCCCCCAUCCUGCUUCUAAAGCAGGCGAUAAAUUCACUCAACAAAUAUUUAUUGAGUACUUACUUGUGCCAGGCACUGUCAUUAGGCUCAAGGAGAAAGCGUGGGGGGAGCAGAGGACCUGGGAAGACCCCUGAGCCAGCCUUACAUCUCUAACCCCUCUGAGAACACUUCCGAAUUCUCUCCAAUUAUCAGACAUUGCCUAGGGAUGUCCCAGAGAGGGGCUUGGCUUGCUUAUUAGUUACCCCAGUGACACACAUGCUUAGCUGCUUAACUGGUGCUGACCUGAGGCAGGACAAGAAACCAGAACAGUGUUUGCCUCUGUGGGCAGAAAUGGGAUGGCGAGAGAGCGGAGAGAGCCCCGCACCUGGGGCUUGGGUGGCACAGUCAGCCACAUCCCCUCCGGGGCAGGCUGGUGGCCCACUCCGACUCCCCCCUGAGAGCGAAGGCACACUUUGAAUGCACCAGGUUCUUUUUACGGUCCUGGGAGAGAAGCCACAGAGCCUCCUUCCUGUCCUCCUCAGCCUGAGAGCCCCCACUGUUUCUGGGCCAAGAGCUGGAGUGGCUCCACCCUCUCCGGGCCACCUGGAAUUGGGCUCAGGCAUCCCUGUCUUUGCAGGAACCAGGUGUCCUGAGCGCACAGGACAUACCUCAGAGAGAGAAUAUUUGUUCUGGGUUCUGUGCCUGCCUUUAGACCCUAAGUGUGUGGCUUUAGGGCAGGGAAGAUGUGACCAGGCUUAGCUUGUGGGCCAGCCAGGGUUUGUGGAGCUCUCCAUCCCACAGAUGUUCUGACCUUCCGCCAAGAGGCAGGCAGUGCCAGCAGGGAGGAGGGGAGCUGCAAAACUGAAAUCUAGGGCACUGUUUCCUCCCCAUCCUCCUCUUCAUAGGGAAUAUAGACGUUUGUCUUGUCUGUCUUCAACCUACUUUUCCUUUUUUACAUUUCUCAUCCUUUCUGUGCCACCUCUCCACCCAGGAGACCAUGUAGCAUGGUGGAAAAAGUCCUGGAGGGCAGUCAGGAGUUCUGGGUGGCCAUCCUGGCUCAACCCGUAACUCACCACGUGCCAUUGAGCUAGUCCCAUUCCCGCUUCGGGGCCUCAGUUUCCUCACGUGCAAAACGAAGAGGAUAAAGCAGAGGCUCUCCAUGGCCUUUUGUCACUCUGCCAGCCUACAGAUCUUUGUUUUCCCUUCUUUUGCUUUCUUGGGACCUUUUCCAUCUGAGGGUAUAGGAAGUGCCAAGACCUGUUUCAGUUUUUGAAUCCUGCAAGCACAUUCCAAGACUGGCCUGAAAUUGCAUGAACAACAUCACUCUAAAUAUAUACAUUUUUUUUUUUUUUUUCCAAAAGCACCUUCCCAACCAACUGCGAUGCUGUCCUGGUCCUUUUUACUCGCACCCUUCUCUCCUCUCUUGUCCCCGCGCUCCCCCACCUCAGUGCUCCGUGCUGUAUGCGUGUGCUCUCUGUUCUUGUAUACUCAAUAAAAGUGAAAUAAAUGUGUUUGAUGCUGAACCACAAA